AUGUUUGCGUCCGAGUCCGCAGCCAGCCAGGGUGCAGGUGCCACAACGUACUCGGUUCGUGGCUUUUGCCAGUGGGAAGGUCUCGGGGUGUUGCCGCUGGACUCAUACGGCCUGGAGCUCCAGCUCAAGGACAAGCGCUCGCUGUACGUUGCGGCUGAGAACCGGCUGGACCUCGAGCGCUGGUGCCGGGCGCUUAUCGCCGUCCUUGAUCCAAACUCUGAGGCCGCCAACGAGAUCAAGCGCGAGCGACGCAAAGUAAAGCGCGAGAUCCGCAAGCAGCACGAGAAGGAGCAAGAGAUCAAGGACCGCGAGGAAGUGCGAAAGCGACUGUGGAUAGCGCAGAAGAAACAAGAGCUUCUCGACCGCGAGAGAGAAAUUGAAGAGAUGACCCCGCUGCAGCGUAAGGACGGUCUCGGCACGCUCGACGAAGAGACAGAAAGGCUUUUGCGCGAGCGCAAGAAGCGACUUAACAAGAAGGUCGCGCAAGGUCGCGUCGGAAAGGAGGCGCAACGUCGGCGCCUCGAAAUGAUGGCUGGCGGCAAGUCGCUCGACACCGCUGUGCCACCCCUUCUUCCCGACGCCUUACCCCGCAAAACAAAAUUCAAAUUCGACCUCCCCGCGCCGGGCCAGUAUUUCGUGUCCACAAAAGACCCGAAGCCCCUGCGGGACACGUCCACGGGGUCCGUUUCGUCGCAAGACUCGGUCUUCAACGAUGACGAUGCGUCUGUGUCUGGUGUUUCUGAAGACAGCGUUGUCGUCACAAGCAAGCCACGCGGCGGGUUCGUUCCACCGCCACCCCCACCACCGCAGCAAACGCCGACGUCUACAGCCUCCUUAUCGCGGCCGACCAAUCCGAUGGCAGCAGCCCUCGAUGCGAUCAAGCGGAACCGCAAGUACAGCGUCGAUAGCGAGCGACCGUCGCGUUCACGGCAGUCGCAGCUCAGUGCCGAGGGGAAGGAGCUGCUGACACGCGCGCUCUCGUCCGACAAGCUUAAACCCGAGCGCAAGGGUCUCUUCGACAGCAGCGAUGAUGACGACGAUGAGAAUCACGCGCUUGUCUUUCGCCAGUCGAUCAAAGCCAACAAAAUCGUGUCCACCGCAGGCGACGAGGAAGACAACGAGGGGAAGUCCGCUGCAGCAAGCGCCGUUGAGACGCGCAGUGGGAAGGCCGUGGCCAUCUACACGUUUGAGUUUCGUCUCCAUACAUGGAGCCGACGUCUCGGGCUGGCAUUCCAUGAGCUUGAAGCAAUGCACCAGGCGCUCAAGGUGCACAGUGCUACUUUACCCAAGUUUCCGUCCAAGCAUGUGCUUCGGAACCCAACGAAACCCGACUUGAUGCAGAAGCGCGCAGUUGAGAUAACGCGGUAUCUCCAGAGCCUCCUGGCUGUGCCCGGCCUCGUACAGCAUAGCGCCUUCCAUGCAGCGUUCGCGCUCCCACCCGAGUGGGCUUCCAACGCGCGCGACGAAGACCUCCACCCGCAACCUUUUUGA